AUGUCCAACGUGAAAGUAGCGGUGAGGGUGAGACCUCUAAGUAAAAAAGAACGGGAGAAAAAUGCCAAGUUCAUAGUGGAUGUCAGUGGGGAUACAAUCAGUGUCGAGAAUAUCAAGGUUGAUGGUCAGUCUGACUUUGGUGACAGUCGGGAGAGAUUUAAAAACUUUACAUUUGACUACUGCUAUGACUCAAGUGUGGAGCCAUCCUCCCCAGCCUUUGCUUCACAGGAACUGGUGUUCCAGGACCUGGGUACAGAGGUGCUUCAGGCUGCCUUUGAGGGAUACAAUGCAUGUCUUUUUGCAUAUGGACAGACAAGCACAGGAAAGACUUACACCAUGAUGGGAGGCCAGGAAGAUGCAGGACUGAUUCCAAGAAUAUGUGAGGGGCUGUUCAGUCAUGUGGACAACUUUGUGGACCAAGAUAAUUUGUCAUUCCAUGUUAAGAUCAGUUAUUUGGAAAUCUACAAUGAGAGGGUUAGAGAUUUACUGAGACCAUCAUUGUUAAAGAAAAAUGAAAAAUACACACUGAAAGUACGGGAACACCCAAAGGAGGGACCAUAUGUUCAUGAUUUGUCAACACAUUUCAUCCAUGACAACCAGCAAAUCCAGGCUAUUCUGGAGAGGGGCAAUGAAUAUAGAACGACUGCAUCUACCUACAUGCAUGAUCAUAGCAGCAGAAGUCACGCCAUAGUUACCAUAGAAUUCACUCAGGCCAAAUUAGAAGAUGAUCUACCUCAUGAAAUUGUCAGUAAACUUCACCUUGUGGACUUGGCUGGCAGUGAAAGAGCUGACCCUAACUACUGGUCCGGAUACAAAGGUCGGCUACGAGAGGGCUCAAACAUCAACAAAUCAUUGGUCACUCUUGGCAAUGUCAUCAAGGCUCUGGCGGAGCGAUCUAUCCUGUCCUGUAGUUCGGACAACCUGGGUGCCUCAGUGGCCAGUAUCCAAAGUGGGGGUGAAGGAGCAACACCCAAAAAACGUCUUCCUUACAUUCCAUAUCGUGAUUCUGUCCUGACAUGGCUCCUGAAGGACAGUCUUGGGGGUAACUCCAAAACCAUGAUGAUCUCAACCAUCACUCCAGCCAGCAUGUACUACAAUGAAACCCUGAGUACUCUCCGAUACGCACAACGGGCCAAGAGCAUUAUCAACAAACCGAAAGUUAACGAGGACCCCAAUGUGUCUCUGAUACGAGACUUGCGACGAGAAAUUGAACGACUCCGGGAGAUGCUGGUGUCCACUCGCAUGGCCAAUUCUAGAUCCUCACUCAAUGAAAUAGUUUUCCUCUUGCCUUCGAACAUCCAGAAAAUGCAUGAGAUAGACACGGAUAGUGAGCAGGGAGAUUCAUUCCUUCAACUUCCAGAUUCCAAUUCUGUUCUGGCAGAAAAACUCCAAGAAAAUGAAAACAUGGUGGACAAACUAACACAGACAUGGAUAGAUAAAUGGAGGGAAGCUCACGAAGCUAUCAGGGACUCUGACCUCAGCAUCAGAGGGUUGAAGGGGAAAAGUAACUCAAUGGGGGUUCUGAUUGAGUCUCAGAUGCCUCACCUGGUUGGCAUGGAUGACGAUAUUCUGAGUACAGGCGUGACCAUCUACUACCUCAAGGAGGGAAAGACCCUGUUAGGACGUGAAGAUGCUGAUCGGGAACAGGACAUUGUGUUGAGUGGGCCGUCGGUCCAGAAGGAACACUGCUUCAUCAAGAAUACUCUGGGCAACGUCAUCAUACACCCGAAUAGGAGAGCUAACUGUGCUAUCAAUGGCAUUGAUUGUCGGGGACCAACCUGCCUCAAACAGGGUGACUACAUCUUACUGGGUAAGACAAAUAUGUUCCGCUUUAACAACCCUGCUGAGGCAGCCAAGCUAAGGAUCAGUCGACAGAAUCUGGCUAUUGCAACAUCACACGAAAGCCUGGACCAAAGCAAUCCCUCCUCACCAGACACUGACAGACAUGUCCACCCGCUUUAUGCUCAUUGUGAUGCAUCUGAAUUUUGCCACCAACUUGAAAAGGAUUUUGACUCUGACCCUAAACGCAUUGAGGAAGCCAAACGGGAACUACAGCGGGUGCGUGAGGAACAUCGAAAGGCUGAGGAGGAGAGACAACGUCGAGAAGAGGAGCUUUGGCGUUUACAUGAGAGUCACAAACAGGAAAUUGAACAACAGAGACAGUCAUUGAGUGAGAUUGCUAAAGAAAAUCUUACCCAACAUCAGAUAGCUGAGGAGGAACUGGCAUAUGCUCGUGACUGUCUACAGCAGGAAAAAGAAGCAUUCCAGCAAUUCCUGCAGGAAGAGUUGGCGAAGGUCAAGAGAGGGCAAGCACAGUCUGAAUUUGGUUCACAGACUGAGUUAGUUGUGGUCCAAACAUCUGAUGUGGGUUGUGACCAGGGCCUUCAGGAUAUUGAAAGGAAGAAAGAGUCCUUGCAAGGUCAGAUUAAAGCACUUGCCCAGGGGGAACUCAUCCGUCACCUUUCUUACCGUGACUCCGAGCAGAGACUGCUAGAGGAGGCAGAAGAGAUUGAAGAACAAUACCAGACGACACAGGACCAACUCAAUGCCGAAUUGCACCAACUUGAGGAGGUAGAGAAAGGUUACCGCUCUGAGGACCGCAGUCAGUUACAAGACAUUACUCGCACGAAUGAUGACCUUACUCAACUAGACCGGCAGCAGGAGCAGUUACAUUUGUAUAUAGAGGAGAAGCAGUGUUUGAUGCAGGUCGGUUUGGAUGUUCCACGUCCCCUCAGGUCUGCCUGCAGUGAAGAAGUUCUAACUGACAAUCAGACAUCUAGCCUAGGCUUCCCCUUUCGUGCAUCUAGCCUGCUGGCUUUGAAGCAAGGUAGUGAGGGGGACCUUCCGUCCUUGUCUACUAGACUGUCCCUCAGCUCUUCUCUCAACAUCACAUCCUUGGACUCAGUACCAGACAGUAUGGAAAGCAUGGACACCUCCCCAUCAUCACAGAGUUCUGUAAGUGCUCCUGUAGAAACACGGAAACGGUCCAGUAAGAGUCCAGCUUCAGAAAAAUUGACUUCUGGUGCAAAGGAAGUCACAAGUCGACUGUAUACUGCUCCUCCACCGAAAUUCAAAUAUGAACCUAAACAGAAAUCAAAAGUGGUGCCUAAAUCUACUUCAGUAAGGAAACAAGAUUCUAAGAAAGUAAUGAGUGCUGAAAGUAAGAAAGGUAAAGAGGAUGGAAAACCCACAAACUUAAGGAAGUCAAAAUCACCAUCGCCUGGUAGAUCAACUGUAUCAUUAUCUGGGCGACAGACUACACCUCCCCCAGGAAAACAUGUAAGUCCAUCACCAAAGAAACAAGCUACACCAUCACAAAACAGACACAAACCAUUGCGGUCUGAACAAUCCAGCAAAACGGAAAAACUUGAAAAGGAAAAGACAGGCUUUGAUGGGUUAUCUGGUCAGGCACCGGGAGUAACUAAACAAAUGAGGCACGAUACUGAUGAGUCCGGUGUGUUUCCACGACUUCGACAAAGUGUUUCACAACCUACACUGUCCUUAAAUAGAGGCCUCUCUAACAACAAGUUACCACGCCUCCCACCUACCAAACUUAGACCGAUAACCAGUGCUACCUCCCUAGCCAGUGUCCCUGAGGCAGCAAGUGAGGAGGUAGAGGCUAUAGAUCAAAGCCAAGUCUCAGAAUCUCCUGUUGUCCGUAGGCGGAAGAAGCGUCAGUUUGAUGAGGACGACACCCGGAGACAUUCUGAGCCUGUUGGAGAAUCACUGGCUGAUGCUUUUGAAAAAUAUUCACAAGAAAUGGAGGGUGGUAUAGAAAUACCAGUUAUCUUGCUUCAUAAGGACUCACCUGAUGAACAGAUUUGGGCUAGGCAGCAUAGCAGUAGCAUUUCGGACUCCAUAGCAGGAGAGCAUCCAGUCCAGGAACCUGUGGAUUACAGUCUGGGCUCCUCAGUAGAUGGUCCAGGGAGACCUACCGACAACCAGUGCAAUGUAAACUCAGUGUGUGAUGGUGCUACACAACAAGUGGAAUUAUCACACAUGUUGGAAAAUAAACCAUGUAAUGUGGAUGAUAGUGUGUUCAGCAAUGACCUUGCAUAUCAACAGGAACAAGUGGGAAGAUCAGUCGAAUUAGACAGUGACUCCGGCUUUUACCCAGAAAGUUCAGAUAAUUUUGAGAGCUCGGGAGCACUUUCCUUUGCUGAUUCCACUAACAACUUUCAGGGUAGGACAAGUAUUGGUUCUGAACAGGAUCCACAAGGAUCCGUGCCUCACACUGGAUUGCUUGGGGCUGUGGCUCUGGAUUGUGAUACAAAUUUUUCUGCAUCAUGCAAAAUGGAUCCAGAUAUGAACAAUGAAAACUUAGCAUUUACAGGUAAUUCUGAUGAGUCUGACAUCAUGGAAAGUAGUCUAAUCUCACCAACAGAUGUCAGCCUUCACCUUUCCCAGGACACAGAAUCUGACUCUGGUAAAUCUGAGAGAAAACGAGAACAUGGUGAUUCCGCUGGGGAUUCUCAGACUGAUAUACCAACUAAGUGUAAAAAAAAGGAAAAUCUGUCUUCUGAUAAUGUAUAUGUGAUGAGUCCAGAGCAAUUGGAGAUUAAUUUUCCAGAGGAAAGAACAUUACAAAAUAUUCCACAAAGUUCUACACAAAAUUUAAAUGCUCAAUUAACUUUUAACCGCAGUUUCCAGGCUACCAGUGGAUUUGUUGUCUGUGAUAUUUUACAAGAUACUGCUAAGACAAUAUCAGCAGAUUUGGAUGGUGCUCAUAGGUCUUAUUCCUCAGAUUCUUUAGAAGAUGCUGAUUCUCUGGACGGGUCACAACCUUGGGCCAGAGAGCAGGAAUUGACUGAUUCUUUGGAGAAUUCUGAUGUUGACCAUAGAGAAGAGGAUUUGAACCCUAAGGAACAACAGGAACAACUAGACACAGGAUUUCUACAUGAGGAACCAAAUGACACAGGAUUUCUGCAAGGGGAACCAAAUGACACAGGAUUUCUGCAAGGGGAACCAAAUGACACAGGAUUUCUACAAGGGGAACAAAAAGACACAGGAUUUCUACAAGGGGAACAAAAAGACACAGGAUUUCUACAAGGGGAACAAAAAGACACAGGAUUUCUACAAGGGGAACAAAAUGACACAGGAUUUCUACAAGAGGAACAAAAUAAUUCCCAGACUGAGGAGAGUGAAAACAAUGAGUCUAACACUUGUGUAAAUGAUGAAUUGUCUACUAGCAAAUGUCAUGAAAUGUGUGAAUCAGUUUCAACUAUUGACCUAGAAAGAGAAACUGAAGACCAAAGGCCAAACUUAUCUCAAACAAAUAUUUCAACACCUGCAACAUAUUACAAAGUUGGAGAUAAAACUUUAUCCAGAAGUGAAGUAAACAUUUGUUCAAUACCUAAUACUGUCAGUGAGCCCUCUGUGGUGUCCUGUCCGGGUGAGCUGGAUUCCUCAGUCAAUGAGUCCUCUGUGGUGGUCUGUCCUAUUGAACUGGAUAUGCCUGUCAGUGAACCUCCUGUAGUGGUCUGUCAUGUUGAGCGUGAGUCCUCUGGCAGUGAGCCUUCUGUGGUGGUCCACCCUGACAAUCUAGGUUCUGUGUUGACCUGUCCCGUUGAGCUGGAUUCAUCUGUCAGUGAGCACUCUGUGGUAGUCUGUCCUGGUCAGCUGGAUUUGUCUGUCAGUGAGCCCUCUGUGUUGGCCUGUCCUGGUGUGCUGGAUUCAUCUGUCAGUGAUGAGCCUUCUGGGGUGAUCUGUCCUGGUGAGCUGGAUUCGUCUGUCAGUGAGCCCACUUUGAUGGUAUGUCCUGGUGAGUUGGAUUCAUCUGUCAGUGUGCCUUCUGAGGUGAUCUGUCCUGGUGAGCUGGAUUCGUCUGUCAGUGAGCCCACUCUAAUGGUAUGUCCUGGUGAGUUGGAUAUAUCUGUCGGUGAGCCUUCUGAGGUGAUCUGUCCUGGUGAGCUGGAUUCAUCUGUCAGUGAGCCCACUCUUAUGGUCUGUCCUGGUGAGCUUGAUCCAUCUGUCAGUGAACCCUCUGUGGUGGUCUGUCCUGGUGAGCUAGAGUCAUCUGUCAGUGAGCUCACUCUGAUGGUAUGUCCUGGUGAGCUUGAUUCUUCUGUCAGUGAGCCCUCUGUGGUGAUCUGUCCUGAUGAGUUGGAUUCAUCUGUCAGUGAGCCCACUCUAAUGGUAUGUCCUGGUGAGCUGGAUUCGUCUGUCAGUGAGCCCUCUGUGGUGAUCUGUCCUGAUGAGUUGGAUUCAUCUGUCAGUGAGCCCACUCUAAUGGCAUGUACUGGUGAGCUGGAUUCGUCUGUCAGUGAGCCCACUCUGAUGGUCUGUCCUGGUGAGCUGGAUUCGUCUGUCAGUGAGCCCACUCUGAUGGUAUGUCCUGGUGAGCUUGAUUUGUCUGUCAGUGAGCCUUCUGUGUUGACCUGUCCUGGUGAGCUUUAUUCCUCUGUCAGUGAGCCUUCUGUGGUGGUUUUUCCUGAAAAUUCUCUUUCACAAGACCAUUCCUCCAAUGAUAAUGCUGUUCAACAUGUUAAUGCAUCUCUGCAGUUAAACGACAGUGAUAGUAAUUUGUCUGAGCUGAGCAAAACAGAGGCUGAAUUUACCAAACACCACCCCAACACCAAUCAGGGUCAUGUAAUCAGUGUCACAGAGUCCUCCCCCACCUGUCAUCACCCAGUCACAGACCAUAAGCAAUUAACUGUAGUGAGUGCAGCUGCACUUACACCAGAUGAACACACCAAGGACGACUCCAGUUGUCAGACAGAUUUACCCUGCAAUAUGAUCUUCACACCAAUCAGUAGUGCUUCAGAGAAGUUUAUUGGUCAGGUGACUGACCAACCCUUCACACAAAGUCCUGGUAUUAAGACUGAUGUCCUGACAUCUCAGGAGGAGGAUGUAGGCAGAGCCAGUGACUGUUCCCAGGAUUCCAUCCAGGAACUUCAGGAACAACUCCAGCAACUUGAGGAGUUUCCAGGUCAACCAGGACUAAAGGGUGUUGGACCAAGUGCUUACCCUCCGCUUUCAUCGUCUCGAAGAGCUACACGUCAUCGUGCCAUGAUCCGACAAAAACGCAGAGGUGUAGAGGAAUCUGAUGACAUUAGCCCAGAGUCUGGUGACUCCCUUGGAUCUGGGAAUGUGUCUAGGCCGUCAUCCCGACCUGAUUCGGCUUCCAAACGGCGACGUAGGAUUAUUAAAUCAAAGUCCGAACGUCGUUCAAAUUUGAAAGCUCCAAGCUCUGAGGACUAUGUCAACUCUGAGAGCGACAAUGUUUGCUCAGAUGAUUCUGUUCUAGCCAGUGAGUCCAGGGAUGUGAAGUCGGUUAGUUUAGAUGAGUGUGACCAUUCAGUGACAUACAGUGACUUUGCCGAACAGUUGGCAUUUGCUUUAGGUGAACAAAGGGAGAGUACAAAUGUACAUGACAAUGUUAGUUACACCUGUGAUUAUGAGAAGAACAAUGAGGACUCAUGUGAUAAAAGAUCUAAUCUAAAUCGUGACCAAACUAAAAGUGAAUUCAAUAUGGAUGGUCACUACCUGAAUGGCAUUACAAACCAGGAGGAUGACAAUAGUAGAGGUGCUAUCCCAAAGAAGAAAAGUAAGCAUGCCAAACGAAGGUCAAGCAGUGGGUCUAGCACUAGUGAUACUGACUUGAGACCUUCAUCAAGAGCACCAUCAGAAACACGUGAUAUGGAACAACAGACAGAUGUCAGUUGGUUGGAAUUCCCAGAAAUUUCUACAUCGAGAAGAAAAUCGCCAGUGCUCAACAUCUCUCCUCUGAGCGUGUGGAACUCUGGAGAUAGACGGAUGAAGGCUUCUAAUGGGCCUCAUGGGUCGGGCGGUUUAAAUGUCACGAUGGAUAGUAGGCACAUCAAAAAGUCCAAGAAAACAAAACCGGUCAAAUUAGAGUUCACUUCACCUGAUGUUUGGUCAGCAGGUACUUGGGUAGAGGAUUAUGCAGCCAGCGGAAAACUGGAUGCAGACUUCUCAUCUGAUUCUGAUGAUGAUCAUGCAUAUGUUAUGGAAACUGAAGUGUUCUCACCACAGUCACCAACUGCCUGUGAUAAAUUCUUUGAUGAUGGAGAUUCAUCUGACACAAAAGAAGAUUCAAAUUCUGUGAAAUAUUACGUGACAAUAAAUGAAGAAAAUACUAACAUUAGUUACAAUGUGGAUAGAACUGAACAUAAAACCUACUCAUUGAGAAGUCAGAUUCAACCAAAUGAACAAAUGAUGAGUAUUCCUGAAAGCAUCCAUGUAAAUCUAACCUCAACAGAUUCACAUACAUCAGAAAGUCGCCAUACUUCCUCUACUCUACAACGUGUAUAUCUCAGUAACUCUGACAGUGCUUCUUCUCCGGAACAAAACGUUGUUGUUUCUGAAAGAACAUUUCGCUCAGUACAUGAAGCAUCUAGAGAUGAAGAUGAUGUCAUAGAUAGACAUUUCGAAGACGAAAAUACAGCCUCUUAUUUAGAUCUCUGUCCAGGAACGAGUACACCCCAUGUUACUUUGGGAACAGGAGAUAUAAAUAAGAAUGGUGUUCUGUCUCCUCGUGAGUCUGACACUACCUCUGACUAUGGAACAAUGAUAAUGGACAAUCGGCGUGACUUUAUGUCUUUUACUCUUGACUCGGGAGAUGAGGAGGGUUCUCUGGCUAGUGGGUACAAAUCUCACACAGAUAAUCAGGAUAGCAGUCCUCUGGACAGUGAAGUAUUCGCUCUCCCUAAUGGCGAGUCAAAUUUAUUGUUAGCUGAAGUGGGUCAUGUGGCUAAGAUGAAUAUGGAAGAUGUGGGUUCUAUCUCGCAAGAUGGGCAACAGUUGUGUUCAUCUGAGCAGAUCUCCAGACGGAAUGUCAUAGCAGGAGCUCAUCAAAUCCCUUGUGAGCCAGAAUUACUUUCAAAUGUCAUAUCUAGUGAUCAGAUUGAUGAUGUGUCAGAUGAUUCAGAUUUAGAGGGCAAUGAGUUUGUUCAAGCUGAAAGUGUUCCUCAUACAACAAAGGUUGCUCAACAAGUUUUAGGUGCUAUUGCGCGAAUGUCGGCCUUGUAUCAAAAGAAUGGGGAAGACAACGAUGACUUGUCAGUGUCCUUAGACCGGCUUCAAGGACCAGACAGUGUUAGUUCAGACUCCUCAAUUUACAAAACACCUCAACAAUCACCACGAGACCAUGAGGAAGAGGAUACUACUGCAAUUGAAAAUGUGGAAAUUCCAGAUCGCCCCCGGUCUCCCCAGAUUUCUACAUGUAGGAAAUAUGAGGAAACACAAAAUUCACUACCAAAGUCCCCAUCCACAGCAGAACAGAUGACUGGCUCUGUCAUGGCUGAUCCUCAGUCUGUUCCCUUCAUAAGGAGAAUGACAGAUGAUGAGAGUAGUGUUAGGGAGGAUCUGAAAAGGGAACUCCAGCAAAAGUUAGCUCGACUUCAAAAGCAUGUGCGCAGUCUGAGUGAUUCAGCAAUUAGUUCUGACUACACAGAUGGUGAUUCUACUUCUGUAUCGCCGCGGGGAAGCAGAUUGUACGAAUCUGACAAAACCUUAAGAGGAGGUCUCUUCAUAGACCAGACUGAACCAAGGUAUCCAGAGGACAUUCAAGUCAUGGUGACACAGGCAAGAACCCAGUUUGAUCCUUCAGCUUCUGGACAACCUUUCUCUUCUACCGUACAUAAACUGUUAGAUAUCGAUAACAAAACACCCAAAAAAUCACCUCUGAAAGAUUCUGGAAAUGUGUUUGAUGACUCGGACUAUGGAGAACAGGUAGAAGAAUCAAUUAUUCCAGCAAGAGUUGUCAAAAAGGAGUCGGCUGUUUUUGUUCCUGUAGACAAUGAAGAUAUUAAUAUCAGUGCCGUUGCCAACUCUAGGUCACUUUCGCCUGGCGAGCUUGUGUUAAAUGUUUCAGGCUCAUCGGAAGACAUUUUUGAAAGUGUUGGAUCUGGUUCUUCAGACCUAGAGGAGGUGUAUAAGAUUAAUGCUGAUGCGGCUUCAUCUGAUCAAUUAGACAAUAGCAUUGUUCCCAGGUCACUACCUGACAUGCAAAGGUCAGUUAAAAAAGAGAAAUCACCCUCCAUGUCAGACAUUUCCACACCUCGUUGUGACAGAGAUCUUAAGCGGUCUAUGUCAGAAGCCAACGUUGAUGACUAUGAUGAAAUAACAUCUUCAGAGAGUUCCAAUGACAGUAUCGUGUUUGUAUUCAUGGGUCAGUCACACACUACGGAAAGCAUGGAAAAGCUUCAAAAGGAGUACAAUCCACUCUCGUUUGAAAGCGAUUCGGAACCGAUAUGUAAACUCUCAAGAGUAGGAGAAUCCACUUCUCAGCUCAAAUCUGAAGACAUGAUGAAUGAAGAACAUGCAUUUGAUAAUGACCAUGUAAAACUUGGAGACAGUGACUUGCUGCGUGAAAAUGAAAUUAUAUUGAAAUCCAAAGAGGAUCUGAAUCUUGCAAAUAUGAGCCCAGAUCAUACCGGUGAAUGUCAUUAUAAGAAUUAUGGUGAUGAUGAUGAUGAUGAUGACAAUGAGCCUCUAAGACACAAAUUUGGAAUUGACGAAUCUGUCCUCCCUAUCCCUGUUAGAUCUGUGUCAUCCGACAACAUUCCAAAACAGACUCUGUCUAAUCUGAUUGUCCAUCGAUCACGUUCAACAGACCUUCUAGAGGUAAACCCAAAGGAAAACCCAAAUGAUCCGAGUAACAACGAAGGCAUAUUUCCUCCCACUGUUGGCUCCGACUUUUGGGACAAUGUUCAUGGAUACGACGGCAAUGUAAUUGUUAUCGAGGAAUAUUACUCUGACGACAGUGACACAAAAAACAAUGGCGGUGACAUUAAUCUAAACAAUUCAAAAGAUCGGUUUAUUGACGAGGAACAAAUGACAGCAGAGGAGAUUACUUACUCUGAACUCUCUUCAACACAUCCGUUCAUUGGACGAGAAAAUGCUUCCGAAACUAUUGACUACAGUGGUAAUUUAAACAAUGUUGAAAUGCUUGACCAGAACGAAAAGUCCAGUAGUGACUUCAGCUCCUUCCCUAUCCUCAAUACGUCAGGUCAGAUUGUAUCAGACGACAUACAAGUAUGUUUGACAGACACUGGCACUCAAACAGAUAUUGUGGAGAAUACUAACGAAAAUAAUCAACAGGAUUCACAGGUGUUGCCAGCACUGCCCUAUCGAGCACAAAGCAUGGGGGAUAUCAACCAUGUUGAUAGUUCCAUUACUCUUUCACUUCCAGAAGGCACAGAAAACUGGGAGAACCUAUCCCAUAUGGUAAUUGAAUCGACAGCUUUGGUUAACAACAUAAACCAGAAGAUUCAAGGUGUUCAUACAAUUUCUGGUUCUUCUAGUGAAAUGCUGGCUUCUCCCUUCCCGACAUCCAGAUCCCAUUCCGACCAUUCGUCAUCUACCUCCCACAAAGAGGCACAGGACGAUUCCACUCAAACAACUGGGUCAUUGACUGCUGUCCAUAACCUAGGGAUACAAACCGAGGAAGAAUGGAUGUUAUUUGAUAGAGAAGAUAUGCCUGACAAUAGUAAUGAUUCUACACAGACGGACACAGAAAUCACAAGACCAAGGGAACUGUCAGAAACUGAAACAACAGAUAUUAUUCUACUUCCGGCAGAGCUUUCUGCUGACUUUGACAUAGUUUUCCCACCUGAAUCGUCAAGGGAGAUGUCGUGUCAGACGUCACCUGACACCACUGUGGACACCAUGGAUUCGUCUAUGCAAACUGAUGAGUUUGAGAAAGUACUAAGUAGACUUCGCCUCGCACUGAAGAACAGUGAUGGCGAACCAGAAGAGAUGGAAGAAGAAAUCAAACCAUCUGUUGUUGGUGGGGUCAAUGCACAGAAAAAGCUAAAAUUAUCAUCCGGGCAUGCAACAUCUCGUGUUCAAGACCAAACUGUCAUUGAGUGCAAUGAAGAGGCGCAUCAUCUGCGAAAAAAUACCUCAAUGAAGGAACAGACUCAAACUGUCAUGAUUGAGAGGGAGAGUGUCAUAGAAACAGAGGCUAAUAUUCCUGACAUGGAUGUGACUAAUGCUGAAAUGGAGGCUCUGAAAGCUGAGCAUAUGAAGAUGAUGGAAUCUCUCAAGAAAGCAGCUAAAGGAAGGAAGAUUAGGACACAUGAAUUGAAAGUAAGACUGGAAAAACAAACAAAGCUGGAACAGGAUCAUAACAGCGAAUAUAAUUCAAGAAUAUCUUCCCAUGAUCAACACAUAUCUGAUUUGGAUACCAAGUGUGAUGAGUCGUGGCAUGACACACAUCUUUCUUCCGACAUCAAAUUCAAAAGUUUUACUCCAAAGAGUGAUAAAACAAUGGAACUAGAACAAAGUUCUACUAAGGAGGAAAGAGAUGAAACUGGUGACCUAGACUCGAUUGUUAAAGAUAGUCAUCAGUACUUGGGUAGCAAUGAAAACUUGGAUAACAUUGAUGACAUCUUGUCUGAUAAUACUCAGGAAAUGAGCAAAUCAAGAACACCUGCCGAGGCUAGAUCACCUAGAGUUCGAAAAGGGAGAAAGCACAAGGAGGUCUCAAUUGUGCCCGACUCUCCUGCUGAGGUUAUUGAGGAUAUUGUAUUGCCUGCUCGAAAAUCAGAUCAGCAAACAUCAUUACUGUCUUUAGAAGCAGAGGCAGAUUCUCAUAGAAAUUCUGAGGUGUCCCGACUAGAUUCUUUAAGUAGUUUAACAUCAGAAGGAACGCUGCUUGGUGAAGAGGUUUCUCAGUAUCUCAAUGAUAAAGACAACAGUUGUUCAUGGAAUACAACCAAAGACAACCGGUCUGGAGCUAAAAAUAGAACACUAAUUACACGGGGUAGUGCGACCAGUGAACCUAUUGAUGAUGCAUUGAGCGACAGAGAGGGGUCGCCACUACUCCAGACUCCUCCAAACUCACCCACUGCGUUGGGCAGCAGCGAAUUGAAAACCUCACAAUACCAAAAUCCACAAGCAUACCUCAGAUCACCUGAAGUUCAGCCUAACUAUCUGGCUGCACUUCGAAAACAGCCUCCUGUUACAAGAUCCACAGACACAAAUGGGAAGAUCAGUACAGGUGUGGAAGUUUCUGUUGAUAGUUCUGACGACUUUACUCAGACUGACAUACAGGCACUAAAACUUGACUUAAGUGAAUUCAGUGCCGAUAGUAACAGAAAUUCUGAGACACGGACAGCGCACAUUAAAACAAAUUCCGCAAUAAAGUCAGAAUUAUCGAGGCUGCAAAAGGAAAGGGUGGAGAUAAUUGAACUGCUGUCUAUGAAUUAUCUGCCUGCCAGCUUAACCGUGGAAUUAUUAGAGGCAAAACUUAACUACUGCAUUGGGCAAACAGACACUCUGCUGAAAACCCUUGAGGAAACAUGGGAUGGAGCAGACUUUAAUACAACAAAUGUACACCAUCUUCAUCAGACUGAUAUUACCAGGGAAUACGUGACUAAUUAUCGCCAUGAUCUUCAGAAAUCCAAAUGGGAUAUUCAGAUAUGUAAGGAGAAAAUGAACAGAACGGUUAAACAGGGCACUGGACGUGGUAGAACAAGGACCAGAAAUAAAGACAUUGCAAGAUGGAAACGCCUUGAGGAAAUAGAAGCGUUUAAGGCUGAGAGAUUCAUGGAACAACAAAAAUAUGAAAGAGCAAGAAGUAUUAGUCCUCUGAAGAAAGCUUCACCUUGUGAAAACGAGAGACAUUCUCGUAGUGUUAGUCCGUCCUCACUUGAAACUUCUCCUCGAUUGAUGACACCCAAACAACAUAGGGAACACCUUGUAGAUUUGAGACGAGCUCUUGUGGAAGUGACUGAACGAGAUGAAAAUGCAUACAGAGCAAGCCGGUCAUGUUCGCCACAGUUAAGUCAUUAUGAUGAAACAGAAAGAAUAUAUAGUCCCCGGAGUUCUUCAUAUAAUUGUACACCUCAAACUUCGCCUGUGCACCAUCGUUACUCGUCACAUGCUAGCCCGGAACAGCAUUACAUACAACGCACAUCAGUGUCACCAAGAUCAUCCCCAUUGCGUCAUGCUUCACCUCGUCAUUCUCCUGAGCAUCAGCCUUACAGGAUGGAGUAUGGCAGUACUAGUAGUCUGUCGGUGCCAGAGCAGCAUGUUCUGAAUAUAUCAGUGAGAAGUUACUCCCAUAGUCCAUCAAGGACGUAUACACCGCCCAGGUCUGACGACUACUCUGAAACGUAUCUGACACCUCGUGUCGCCAGCUCUUCACCACACCGGACUUUAGCAAGGCCCCGCCGAACCCGUUCUGAUCAUGAUGAUAUUCCUGAUCGGGAAUCACGGGGUAAUGACCAGCUGUAUGCCUUACAAGAGACACGGGAUCUGUUUAGAGACAUGCAGGAAGCCAGGAUGCAAAACCAGCAAGAAAUAUCUCGGGCACAAAACACUCUUCUACACAGCACCAGAAAUUACAGUGGCAUGAGAUCAAGGACAGGCUCCAACGCUAGCUCUCGUCGUUCAUAUAGCUCCUAUAGAGACUAUGCUCGUGAUCUGAUCGAGGGCAGCCAGCGCUCCAUACACGGUGUUGUUAGUGGAAGUUAUGAACUGUAUGACGAUAACCCACGCCACACUAGAGACACUGGAGUUACCUCCCCUCCAGCGUCCAUUGUUUCCGACCUGGAAUCGUUACCGGACUCCAUUCUUAGUGAACAGUAUAUGAACAAUACUACACCGUCCUUCUAUAACACUGAUCCAUCCUUCUUGAGAAGCAGACCAAUUAAUUCAGCGGAUAUAAAGUCACGACUUCGGAGACAGCGUAAAGUGCCCUCCACAUCAUAGAUACCCCUACCCAGUUGUGGUACCUCGUACUGAAAUUUGUAAUAAUGGAAAGUGAUGUUUAUUAUUCUGGAGAAAGUAUAUGGCUGUUAUAUUCUUCAGUGAUGAUCAACAAACAUACACUCAUCAUGUUUUAUCUCAGGAAAUGAUUCCUUGUCAUAUAAAAUCGGACAAUAAUGACCUGUCGUGUUGGUUUCUGAUGACCAUAUGUUAUAUACGGGCAGCUUCUUACUAUAGAACAUGAAUUUACUAUGAACUAGCUGACUGUGAGUAAAACGUUAUCUUAACUGAUAUGCAUGUAAUUCAUUUUCAUUUGCCCAACAGGAUUUUUUCUACGUAAACAUCAACACGACAUGUCAUUUUAGUUCGACGUUAGUCUUAAAUGAGUGUUAGACACAUACACGUUGAAAUAUUUUAGUGAUUGGCGAUGCAUUUCAUUUGUAAAUGACUGUGAUAUUAUUGGUGCCAAAGUUGAAUGUUAUGGGUUUGAGAAUGAGCGAGAGAUUGUUGUUGGCUUAUUUCAUGAAAGAUCUUCAUUUUUGUAUAUUUUAUUUCUAAUCUGAUAACUAUAGUAGCUACUGGAUGUCAAUGAUAAAUGUGGAUCAGGAAAUUUUUACAUACCCGUCAUGUGUUACUAGAAGUUACACAGUCACACAAAUCAUGUGAUAAAAUAUGUAGGGAGAUUUGAGAACAGUUGAAGCUGCUGGGUUUGUGUGAGAGAAAUCUAGAUUUAUCUAUGUGAUGCAUGAGUAGACAUGUUUUUAAUUGGAUUUUGUUACUGCAAACCGCUUAGUAGACAUCCAUUUCAAGAUGAAAUGAUUUUAUCGUCUGGAUAUUGGACCUUUUUCAUGUUUUCUUAAAUUUAUACUUUUGUUCUCAUUGAUAUUUGUUUUGAUUUCUGGUUUAAAGAAUUUACGACAGUGAUAAUUCGGAUAGAUUAAUCCAAUGAAUUAAUGGCCGUAUUGAACAUUUAAUGAUUCCGUCCAUAUUUAAAAUGAGUUAUUAAGUUAGUCUAAUGUCAUUUAUCGUUUUGUGUUACUUACUUAAUAAAGUCAACAGAAUCUGUCAGAUAUACGAUAAAAUUAUCUGGAUUACUCCUAGUCAGUAAUGAUUGUGAUUUCCUGUGACGAGACCAUCCAAGGGAGGCAACUCUUUGUCAACUCGCACAGUUAUAUUAGAAGUUCUUCAAAAUGAUUAUAUAGUUAUAUUGAGGUGUAUCGGUACCCACAUCUUGUUUUUGAUGUAGACUGGCUAGAAUGAUGACCAUCACCUGGUAUAGCCCCUCCGUUACAAGUAGGGCUGUUGCUUGGUAGGAAACAGAUAGUUUAGGAAUGACUCGGUCCAUGCUGUUAUUCACAGUCAAUGAAUUAUAUUUUCUGUAUUUUUGGCUUAUUGUUCACACUUAUGUUAUAAACAUGCCAAUGAGCAUAAGGUAGCUUUAUUGAAACAAAAAGAUGUUGAAAAGAUGCAUCAAUUAUUUCCAUUUAUUUUUUUACAAAAAUAUGAAUAAUCUCAAUGGGAGGAUAGCUGACAAUGUUACUCUAUGAAUUAUGUUUGUCAUACCAUGAUGCCUAUUUACAAAAUUAUUUGAUAAUGUUAUAGCAACUCUGUCUAAUGCACUGUGGUCUUCUCCAUCCAGAAUAAGAGGCGUUGCUAGGCAGCAUAGUUUGGUGCCUUUAUUUUUGUCAGUAUUUAUGACUAUUAUUAUUGUAUUUUUGUUUGAUUAGGUCAUUUGUUCCGUGUUUUUGGAGUAUAUUUUAUACAGCUAACAGAAUUAUUAUAAGGCAUUUGAGUACAUUGUAGAUGUAUAUAUAAGAGUUAUGAUAUUUAUACGAUAUUUUUGUACUGCGUUGUUCACAGUGUAACAAAUAUCACCACAUUUAUACAUCCAACCAUCUACACAUCA